CGCCAUUCAAUAGCCACCAGCUGAUUUGCAAGCGUGCUAUGUUGAGUGGAAACAGCAACAUGCAAAAAUGUUUAAAUAAAUGGCAAAAAAUGCUAUGAAUUGACAGUCAAGUGGUUGUUUAAAGUACUGGUGAAGAGCCAAAAAUUCCAAUAGAACAUUUUUGCUUCUGGAUAGGCUUAGCUAACAACAACAAUCAUGUCUUCAGCUUUAAAAUGUCGCAAUUGCGGAUCCAACGAGAUCGAGGAGGACAAUGCUCGUGGAGAUCGAGUGUGCAUGAACUGCGGGUCGGUGCUGGAGGACUCAUUAAUCGUCUCCGAAGUACAAUUUGAGGAGGUGGGUCAUGGAGCCGCUGCGAUUGGCCAGUUCGUGUCGGCAGAAUCGUCUGGAGGAGCCACAAACUACGGGUACGGAAAGUUCCAGGUGGGGUCUGGUACAGAGUCUCGCGAGGUCACUAUCAAGAAGGCAAAAAAGGACAUUACCUUGCUGUGUCAGCAGCUCCAAUUGUCGCAGCAUUACGCCGACACGGCUCUAAAUUUCUUCAAGAUGGCACUGAGCAGGCAUUUGACUCGUGGUCGCAAAAGCACCCACAUCUACGCAGCUUGCGUCUACAUGACAUGCCGCACAGAAGGCACUUCCCAUCUGCUCAUUGACAUCAGCGAUGUUCAGCAGAUUUGCUCGUAUGAGCUAGGACGCACGUAUCUGAAGCUGUCGCAUGCCCUAUGCAUCAAUAUACCGUCCGUGGAUCCAUGUCUGUACAUCAUGCGUUUCGCCAGUCGACUCCAUUUGGAAGCCAAGACACACGAGGUGUCCAUGACAGCAUUGAGGAUUGUACAGCGUAUGAAGAAGGAUUGCAUGCAUUCCGGCCGACGACCCACUGGCCUUUGUGGAGCAGCACUGCUUAUUGCUGCUCGCAUGCACGACUUUAAUCGCACCCUGUUGGAUGUGAUUGGGGUGGUCAAGAUUCACGAGUCCACGCUCCGCAAGCGCCUCUCGGAGUUUGCGGAAACACCUUCAGGCGGACUGACCCUCGAGGAGUUCAUGACCAUUGACCUGGAGCGCGAACAAGAUCCACCAUCGUUCAAGGCGGCCCGCAAGAAGGACCGAGAGAGAAUAAAGGAUAUAGGAGAGCAGGAGCUCACAGAUCUGCAAAAGCAGAUAGAUGCACAGUUGGAAAAGGAUCUCGGCAAGUACAAAAACAGUGUUUUCCAAAAGCUAGCCCAUGGUAAGAGUACGACCACAACCAGUUCUCCGGGUACACCAAAAAGUAUUUCCGAGAAUGAACUGGAAAUGGAGGAGUCCCGCCAGUUUAUCGAACAGUCCAACGCAGAGGUUAUCAAGGAUUUGAUAGAUAAGGACGAAGGCGUAAAGAAAGUGGAGCCCGGUGGCUUGGUGUCCGGAAUCGAAGGAUUGCGCCCUGAUAUCGAGGCCAUAUGCCGGGUCACCCAGAGUGACCUGGAGGAUGUCGAGCGCACCAAAGCGCCUCAGGAAACUGAGCUGUUUAUCGACGACUUAAAUGACGACGAGCUAGAUCAGUAUGUGCUUACCGAAGAAGAGGCUGUGUCCAAGCUGGACAUGUGGAAAAAUCUAAACGCCGAGUAUUUACGCGAGCAACAGGAGCGUGAGGAGAGGCUGGCCAAGGAGCGCGAGGAGGGCAAGCCGGAGCGCAAGAAGCGUAAGCCGCGCAAGAAAGUCAUCGGGCCCUCGUCCACUGCCGGCGAGGCCAUUGAGAAAAUGCUCCAGGAGAAGAAAAUAUCCAGUAAGAUUAACUACGAGAUCCUUAAGACUUUGACUGAAGGCAUCGGCGGCCUAACGGGCGAAUCUGCCGCAACGAGUACGGACACCAAGCCAACGACUCUUCAGGAAAUAAAAGAGCAGCCGGUGAUUGUGGAGGAGGGACCUGUAGUUUCUAAAAACAGUCGAUCUCGGCCAGCUUAUGAUCUACCAGGUCCAAGCCGAAAACGAGUCAAGGCUGAAGCCGGAUUGCCAGUUAGCCAGGCGGCAAGUGAAGAGCCAGCGGAGACCAAGCAAGCAGUAGUUACCGAAACAGACGAUAUGGACGAGGACGCUGAGCAAGAGGAGGCUGAUGCGGAACCCGAGGCCGAGCCAGAGGCCACACUCCAGGACAUGCUGAACAAGGGCGGCGAGGAGGACGACGAAUUCGGAUACGGCUUUGACGAGGACGAAGAAUAUUAGACCUAAGCCAGCAUUUAACUUUUAUUUUAACAUUCUUAAUAUCUAUACAAAGAUUUAUAGGAGCUAGUAGCUACCCUACUCGUAAUAUAAUUAAACUAAGCUUUAAGACCCGUGCACUUGUUGCCGCCUCGGCACUUAAGCUCCUUGGGCGAGUUAGCCGUGGAAACCAUUAAAUCAUUGCUCCUCCUUGCUCGGCGCUGCCCUGCAGCCAUUUACAUGUUUAAGCCGUGUCGGCGCUAGGAGGGCGAGUACUCUUAGUUCGUUCCUAAUUGUUGGCGCUGCCGUGGCGCGCCUCCAAGUGCUGCAAAUAAAUAUUUCACUCUUAA